CCGCUGUCGGUCGCUGUGGUGACCGUCUAUGGGUGACCGGAGGAAGAAGCCGUUGAUGAGGCAUUCUGGGAUACUGGAGGACCCAACAACGCUCCUACUGUGAUGGCGACCAAUAUCGAGCAGAUUUUCAGGGAUUUUGUAAUGAGUAAGAUUAAAGAAAUCGAGGAUGAAACUCAAGAAAUCAGUGUGAAAGAUGAGCCACAGUCUGAACCUGUGACGGAGACGAUAGAAGAUGGACUAAAGGAAGAAAAAAUUAACACACCAACAGAUAAAAUCACACACACUAACCUCCAAGAUAACCAUGGUAAAGAGGACACCAGCACUAAACACAGGAAGAGUAAAAAGCACAAAAAACACAAAAGCAAAAAGAAGAGAAAGAAACGGAAAGAAGGAAAAGACAGCAGCUCAGAGACUGAGUCUGACAAAGAGACCCAUGAAAGUGGAAAGAAAAAGAAGAGAAAGAAGAAGAAAAAAAGCAAAGAUGCAGACAAAGUGAAGAGGUCUGGCUCAAGGUCUGAAAGCUCUUCAGCAUCUGGUUCUGAAUCUGAGUCUGAAUCAAAACCUUCUAAUGAAAAUACGAAGUCCUCUUCAGCAGGUAAGAUUUCAAAGUCUGAGCUCAAAGACACAUCUGAUGUUUUGCCUGACAUUAUUCCCAAGAUGGAGAAUUCUGUCCACAAAAGCACUGAAAACGAAAAGCCCAAGGAUAAGAAAACAAGUUCCAGCAGAACAUCUAAAAGUAAGGAGACUUCUAGAGGAUCAAGAUCACCCCGAUGGAAGUCAGGACGCAGAUCAAGAUCUCGGUCUUCAAAACGACAACGACGAUCAAAGUCAACCUCCCGCUCUAGAAAUAGCUCCAAAAAGAGGUCUCAUCAACAGAGAGAGAGAAGUAGAUCAAGGUCAAAGAGACGCAACAAUCGGUCCAGGUCUCAUUCUGUCAGAAGAAGCAAACAUUCAAGAUCCAGGUCGCGCUCCAGGCGAACUAGAUCAAGGUCUAUUGUGAUCUCAAGGAAGAACAGAAGGUCCGUGUCAAAAUCUAGGUCUCGCUCACCACGGCGUUCCAGGAGUAAGUCUCGAAGUAGAACGAAACCUUCUAAAUCAAGGUCCGUUUCAAAAUCAAGGUCUGAUCUGAAAGAUAAACUGAAGGAAACUGAAUCGAUUAAGAAUGAAACAGAUCUAGCAGUGGACAAUAAUACAAGUUGUGCAAUGGAAAUACAGAAAAGUGUGUCUCAGAAUACAACUGAGAAUGGAAAAAGUCCAACAUUGGCUGUGAACUCGGACACCAAGUUGUUUGAGGUUGCCUCCAUCAGCACGAAUUCUGGUUUCAACACAGUUGCCGUCACUGGAUCUUGGCGACCAGUUCCCUUCUUGGCAGAGCCAUCUGAGACCAAGUCUUCCCAGAAGUGCAUUACACCUGAGUUGCCUUUGGAAGUGACCAAUAUAUCUGAAGAACCCUCAACGUUCUCAACCAUUACGCCAAAAGAUUCAGAGUGUGCUGCCAACCUUGACAAGAAAGAAACCAACACAAAUCCAAUAACCGACAUAGAGAUUUCAAUCAAGAGGAACUCAACCUCACCAUCCAAAUCUCCCAGUCAACAACAAACAUCCUCAAGAUCCAAAGUAGCUGCACGAUCCAGAUCAAAGUCGUCAUCGAAAAAGAGAAAAUCCAGGUCGCCUUCACGAAAGUCUCGAUCGCCCUCUGAAAGAAAAUCGCACAAGUCCAGAACAAAGAGCAAACGUUCGAAAUCGAGGUCGCCCAAAAAGAGAAGAUCGAGAUCUCGCUCACAAGGCCGUAGGAGGAAAUCUCGAACUCCAGACAGAAGCAGACGGUCUAAAUCAAGAAAGAGGUCUCGCUCGCAUUCGAGGAGGAGAUCUCGAUCCGGCUCACGCUGGAGAAGAGGUUUCGGAAGCCGAUCGCUAAAUCAGCGGGACAGAUGGAAGCGAGAACCCAGUCGCUCUCCAGUCCUCAUUCUCCGUAAGAAAAGAUCGACGUCCAGAACUCGACGUAGUGCCAGCAAGACACCUCCACGUCUUACGGAACUUGAUAAGGAGCAGUUGCUGGAAAUAGCUAAGGCUAAUGCUGCAGCUAUGUGUGCCAAGGCAGGCGUGCCCAUCCCAGAGAGUCUCAGGCCCAAAGCUGUUCUUCAACUACCCUUGCAAUCCUCAAAUUCUACAUCCUUGUCCUUAACCAUGCCAGUGAUGACAAACAUGACUAUGAAUGCUGCUAUGGCUAGUAUGACUGCCGCCACCAUGACCGCUGCUUUGUCCAGCAUGGGUGCCUUGGCUUCAUUCCCACAAAUGGCCCCAUUACCCACAAUCGUCAACAAGCCACCAUCUUCAGCCACACCUAAUCUUGCCAGUAUUGAAGAAGCCAAAAAGAAAGUGACAAAACAGGCGAACACCUUCAGCAUUAAAGAGCUAACAGAGAGAUGCAAGAAGAUAGCCGAGAGUAAGGAAGAGAUGGCCAUCGCAAAACCACACGUGUCAGACGAUGAAGAGGAUGAGAAGCUAUGUGGAGCUUCCCUUAAGGAGAAUAAGGGCAUUGCCUUCAGUCUCGGUAAUACCUCAUUAAAGCCGGCCGCCCGAACCGAAGUGGCCUUUGCUAAGGAGUUCCCGGUGUCCUCCGGAUCCCAGCAUAGGAAGAAGGAGGCUGAUGGUGCCUAUGGGGAAUGGGUGCCGGUCGAAAAGAAAACAGAAAAGCCGCCUACGACGGCACCUUCUGGGACUGAGGAAACCACCAAGGAAAAUGAUAGUGUCUUUCCUGAAGCACCUUCUCAACCUGUGGACAUCACGUUGGCCGUCAGUGAGAGAGCGGUUGCACAGAAGAGGUUGGCGGAAAACCCUUUCGACAUCAAUGCCAUGUGUAUGCUCAAUCGGGCUCAGGAGCAAGUUGAUGCAUGGGCCCAGUCCAACACCAUUCCCGGCCUCUUCACAGGUUCAACAGGCGCUCAAGUGCUCUCAUCUGACGAGCUCUCUAACAGUGGCCCACAAGCCUGGAUUAAGAAGGACCAGUUCCUGCGGGCCGCGCCGGUCUCGGGCGGGAUGGGCGAGUUGUUGAUGAGGAAGAUGGGAUGGCGUUCAGGGGAGGGUUUGGGGAAGCACAGGGAAGGCACGGUGGAGCCCAUUAUUAUCGACUUCAAAACGGACCGCAAGGGGCUUGUAGCAGAAGGAGAAAAAACCCAGAAGUCUGGCAACAUUGUGGUGAUGAAGGAUCUUUUAGGGAAGCAUCCCGUAUCUGCUCUGAUGGAGAUGUGCAAUAAGAAGAAGUGGCUGCAGCCGGAGUUUGUGAUGGUGCACCACAGCGGACCCGACCACCGCAAGAACUUUCUGUUCAAGGUGGUGGUGAACGGAUGUGAUUACCAGCCACAGACUGCCAGUCCCAAUAAGAAACACGCCAAGGCGAUGGCGGCCACAGUCGCGCUGCAGGCGAUGGGAGAGGUGGCGGGAGACGGCGUUCAUACCGGCCCCGUGUUCACAGCGGCCACCAACAUGUGAUGCUCUCUGAGCCUCCUAUUGAGUGCACAGCGCUUUGAUUUCAUUUCCCAUGCAUACAUGUUAUGCAUUUUUUGUAAUUUUGGCUUAUUUUCUUGAUUUGGUAAACUGUGACAGCCUUUGCACGCCAAUGAAAUGAGACUAGCAUGUACACGGGUAACGAGUACGUUGUUCACUAGGUUUGAACCGUGAGGGUUCGCUGUAUUUUAUUGUUUUAGACUGUUAUUGUUUCUGUUAUGUUUGCUCUUGUAAAUGUUUCAUGCAUGCUUUAAAACUGUUUUAUCUUCAUGAACAAAGUGUUUGUCUUUGCUUUGUAUUUUUACCAGCCCCGGUCCACUGCAUCUUCUUCUCUGAAGGCUUGUGUUCUGUUGCUGGCAGAGAACAAGUUUUUGUGAUGAAACACAGAAUAAACGGAAAAUCAUGUCACUGGAAAA